AGCGCAAUCGUCGCCACACCGCGCGCACAAGAGCCAAGAAGCACCUGUUACGCAGUUACUCACCAGCGCUAGUCGAGUCGUAGCCAGCAGCCAGACGCUCUCUCUACCCCAUUGUCCGUUAGAAAGCCGGCCGGCGCAGCACUCCUCUAACCUGCACGCGUACGUUUGAAAAAAGUUUGCGCAAGUUCGCAUCAUGUCCAACGAACAAGCGGAUUCCGUCGCCGCCGAGGAGCAGCCAAAACAGCAGCAGGAGCCCGAACAACAACCCCAAGCGGAAGCCGGUAAAAAAGAGGAGGCAGCCGCCGUCGAAGUCAAAGAGAACGGCGAUGCUGCCGCCGAAGACGCGCAGCCGGAGCCCGAACCGAAGCAGAUGCGCGCCGUGGUGCUCAACAGCUUCGGCGGCAUGAAGGGCGUCAAGAUUCUCAAGCGGCCCGAGCCCACGCCCGCCGAGGGCGAGCUGCUCAUCCGCGUGAGCGCAUGCGGUUUGAACUUUCAAGAUUUGAUGCUGCGUCAAGGCGUUAUCGAUUGCCCACCGAAGUGCCCCUUCGUCCUGGGCACGGAAUGUGCCGGUGAGAUCGAACAAGUCGGCGAAGGCGUCGAAGGAUUCGCUGUUGGCGAUAAAGUGGUGGCGCUCACCGAGUGCCGCGCCUGGGCUGAGCUGGUCGCUGUGCCCGCCAAGUACGUCUACAAGCUGCCUGCGGGCAUGUCCCCACUGGACGCCGCUGCCAUUACGAUGAACUAUACUGUCGCGUACAUCCUUCUGUUUGAGAUGGCUGGCAUUGUCAGCGGUAAAUCUGUACUGGUGCAUUCUGCUGGAGGUGGUGUUGGCCAAGCGGUUGUGCAGUUGGCAAGAACAGUUCCGGACGUGACUAUCUUUGGCGUGUGCUCCAAGGGCAAGCACGAACAUCUCAAUGGCAAUGCAGCCAACAUCGACCACCUGCUGGAGCGCAGCAGCGACUAUCCCAACGAGGUGCGCAAGGUUAAACCCGAGGGCGUGGAUGUGGUGCUCGAUUGCUUAUGCGGCGAGGAGUGCAAUCGCGGCUACUCACUGCUCAAACCGAUGGGCAAGUAUAUUCUUUUUGGUUCUUCGAAUGUUGUCACUGGUGAGACACGCAGCAUUCUCAGCGCUGCACGUUCUUGGUGGCAAGUGGAUAAAAUCUCCCCCAUCAAGCUCUUCGAUGAGAACAAGACCAUGAUGGGCUUCAACAUGCGUCAUUUGAUGUUCCACCAGGGUGAGCACGCCUACGUGCGUUCCAUUGUCGAGAAGGUGUUUGCUCUCUUCACUGCCGGCAAGAUUAAGCCGCACGCUGAUUCCACCUGGGCGCUGGAGGACGUCUCCGACGCUAUGCAGAAGAUGCACGACCGUAAGAAUGUCGGUAAGAUUAUUCUUGAUCCAGCGAUGGAGCCCAAACCGAAGCCGGCUACUCCUGCGAAGGGCAAGAAGAAGCAGUCUUCUGAGGAGAAAAAGGAUGAAGAGGCCGAAAAGAAGAAGGAUGACAAGAAGGCUGAUGCUGCUAAGGAAGGCGAAGAGGAGAAGAAGGAAGAGGUUAUGACUAAUGGAGACUCUGGCGAUUCAGCAGAAUCAAAAGAUAAAGAAGAGGAGAAAGCUUCAAGUUGAACGCCAUAACCAACUUUAAACUCUCCUCUUUGUGGUGGUAAACAUCCCAAAAAUUCGUUUUUUAAUAAUUUACAUAUUUUUAUCACUGUCAUGCCCACAUCCCAGCCGAAUAUUUGAGUAGUUCGAUAAUUAGAGCCAGAUCAUUCCGAUUACUUUCGACAAGCGAUACACAACAUGCCAUAUAUGUUAAUUUUAAACGGGGGGAGACGCAUUUUAUAAUUGCCGCAUUUUUAUUUUGUGCUGUGUUAUAUAUUAAUGUAUAGGUUUAUUAGUAAUUAGUAAUUAUUAUUGCAUUACACAUGAAAACGACAAAAAAAUAAUUGAACUUAAAAUAUCGCAGGAAAUCGCUGAACGACGUUUAUUAGGAGGAGUAAUUAAGUGAUGAUGAGAUUAUAUUAUUUUUAAAUACUUUAUACUAUAUAUAUAUCAUCAUAUAUUUUAUUGAUUAAUGUUCUGUAGCGUUUCUCAGUUUUUUAAUGUACGGAACGAGGAUAACACCCAGUGUAAAUCUUGCAUAUCUCAACAUGCUUAAGAAAUAUUUUUGAAACUAAAAACGACCAAAAACGAUAGGACAUAGCUUUUGUACACGACACUUAGAUGAUGAAAAAAAAAAAACAAAGGGAAACAAUCAAAAAGUAGUGCACACACAAACUGUAAUGUAAUGUAAAAUUCUUCGAGGCGGUUUAUCACGCUCGAAGCCAGAGAGAUAUUUUUUCAUGCUUCUUACAUGUAUAGUUUUUUACGAUGAUAACAUAUUUUUUUAUUAUUUACACGUUUAAUCAUACAUUAAGCGAAAAGGAGAUGAAAAUGUGAAGAAUGGCUGCCGAAUUGACAAAAAAAAACAAUGAAGCUCCUAUAACAAUCUACAAAACUCUUUUACGAUUUUACAAAUUUUGUAUGAAUUUUAAUUAGAUUCUUACGAUUACAGUCUUUUUUACACUUGCAUUAACGCCUAAAAUUUGAAAACGUUUUUAUGAAUGAUGAUGCGUUUAUGUGAACUUUUGUGGGAGGACGGUUUUUGCUUGAGAAUUUUACGCAUUUUUACAUGCGAAAUGUUUUUUGGAUGAAAUUUUCGCUCUGUGUGUACUCGGCGACAUUCGACGGCUUGCGCAUUUACCGCUAUACAUUUAACACUCCAUUUAUCACGUAUAAUUAUUAUUCGAAACCUAACGAUAUGUAAAUGUAAUUUAUCAAUGUUUGUGCCCGAUUGUGGUUGUACGUGCUGCACUCGCGCAAGCGGCAGCGGCCUGGAGAGAUGCUUUAUUUCCAAGACUGAUCAGUUUUUUGCGUGGCUUUCCGCUAACGGAGGGCUGUUUUGGCAGGCGAUGAGACUUCAUCUUGUUUGGCGAGCGGCAAAAUUGAAGUGGAUUACACAUAGAUGAAAGGAAAUAUAUAAUGCGUGAAAUUAUUGUAUGUUUUAAGAGCCUGUAUAAUAAAAAAUUGUUUAGUUGCUAUAAAAA